ACAUAAAUAUAUAUGAUAAUUUAUAGUAAAAAUAUACAUAUAUAUAUAUAAAUAUAUAGCUAGGGAAACCCACUUAUCCUAACUACUAUAUCUCUCUCUAGUCUAUAUAUAUAUUACCAACCUUUCUCUCUCUAUAUUCUCUUUAACUUCAUCAAAUUCCCAAAUAAACAUAAUAAUUCUCUUCUUCUUCUUCUAUUCUUUUUCUUUUUCACUUACACAAAUACCAUAAAUAUAUACCAAUUAUUAUUAUUAUUAUUAUUAUUAUUAUUAUUAUGGGGUUAAGAGACAUUGGAGCAACACUACCACCUGGGUUUAGAUUUUAUCCAAGUGAUGAAGAAUUAGUGUGUCAUUAUCUUUACAAAAAGAUUUGUAAUGAAGAAAUUUUAAAGGGAACUUUGGUUGAAAUUGAUUUGCAUACUUGUGAGCCAUGGCAACUUCCCGAUGUGGCUAAGCUGAACGCGAGUGAGUGGUACUUCUUUAGUUUUCGGGACCGUAAGUACGCGACAGGAUAUCGAACGAAUAGGGCAACAACAUGUGGAUACUGGAAAGCCACUGGAAAAGAUCGUACCGUUGUGGAUCCUCUCACUAAGGAUAUUGUAGGGAUGAGAAAGACUUUGGUCUUUUAUCGAAACCGAGCUCCUAAUGGUGUCAAAACUGGUUGGAUCAUGCAUGAGUUUCGUCUUGAAACCCCUCACAUGCCUCCUAAGGAGGACUGGGUUUUGUGUAGAGUAUUCCACAAAAGUAAGGAAUCAUCAUCAGAGAAUAUGAAUAAUAAUAUUAAUCAAGGAAUAAAUAAUUCCCAACAAUUCAAUCACUUAUCUUCAAUAUCAUCUUCUCCUCCAACAAUAAUUAGUGAUCAUCAUCAACAAUUAAGAAACCUUGGUAAUAAUAAUUAUGAUGAUGAUCAUGAUCAAAUCAUGAUCAACAAUAAUCAUCAUGAUUUUUCAAUAAUAAAUAAUAAUAUUAUCGGAACAAGUAUUACAAAUGUUAACGCUGCAACAACAACAACUGAAAUUAGCUCAACAACAAACGACGAUUAUGCUUUCAUUUGGGGAAUCAAUAAUAAUUUCAACGACGACGAUCAAAUCAGAGAAUUCGAUUUGGAAAAUAGCAUGGUUUUCCUCUAAGCUCAUAUAUAUAAAUAUAUUAUUGGAUUUGAUUAUUAUUAUUGUUAUUAUUUAUAUAAUAUACCAAUUAAAUUAUAGUAAUUAAGUGUAGUCACAUUUAUAUAUAUAAUUAAUUAUUUGUUGAUUUGAAUUAGCUAUGCUUUUUCAUGUAAUCUUUUUUUUUUAUUAUUAGGGGAUCAUCAUAUAUGUGCUUGAUUUUAUUGUAAUUAUUAAUUAAGGUUGAAUUAGGGUUUUUCUUUUGUAAUUUAAUUUGUAUUAUUAUAGUGUUACUUUUAGUGUUUAUUAUUAAUUUAUUUGUAUAAAAAAAAUUAUAGAUUCUAUAUAAUGGUGGGAAUUGGUUUCUUUUUC